AUGUCGAACUCAACCUCCGACACUACUCCUGCUGCAGGAGAAACUGCUCAAGACCUCUAUGAUUACAUUCCAUCCAAAAUUGCAGCAUAUACCUAUCUCGCUCUUUUUGCCUUGAGCGCACUCGCUCAUUUCAUCAUGGUGUUCCCUCUCGUGCCGCCUUCUUCAUCCCUCUCUUUUUUGGAUGCGCCAGUAAGUUUCAAAGCUCGCUACCAUAGAGAUAUUCUUACUUGGGCGCUAGUGGAAGCAGGAGGGUACUACUGUAGAGCAUGGUCCGCAGCAAACACCCACAAGAUUCUCCCCUUCGUCAUAUCUGGCCUCCUUAUUCUCGCUGCACCACCCGUGCUAGCUGCUACAGUCUACAUGACUUUCGGACGAAUUAUUCGAAACCUCAAAGCCGCUUCCUCCUCCCUCAUCUCACCUCGAUGGCUUACCUCACUUUUCGUGCUGGGCGACGUGAUAUGCCUCGCCAGCCAGCUCGCAGGUUCCGUAUUGAGGGCGAGUGGCGACCCGCAAACCAACCAAACCGGCUCCCAUAUUGUCCUUGCUGGUCUCAUCCUCCAGGUUGCAAUGUUCUCAUUCUUCGGAAUACUCGCUAUUGUUUUUCAUGUGCGGUAUAGAAGAUCAGGACACGAUAUUGGCCUGGGAUGGAGGAAGUACAUGGUUGUUCUCUACGUUGUGAGCAUCUUGUUCGUCGUGCGAAAUAUUGCUCGGAUCGUGAAGUUUAAUCAGAGCGGGGAUGGUUAUAUUGCGACGCAUGAAUCUAUGCUCUAUGUUUUCGAUGGGUCGUUCAUGCUGUUUGUUUCGGUACUUUUGAUCUUCGUUCAUCCGGGCACUCUUUUCAGGGAAGCGAGGCGUAGGAAGAAGCUGGAUGGCUUAGGGGGUUCAAAUGAAUUGGCUCCUUUUGCCCAUGAUUGA